ACUGCAGCCUUCUCCAUCCAGCUGAGAGGGAAUUAUGUGUGCAAGAGGAGUCAGGGCUCCCUUCCCAGCUCCCUGCUCACACUGCUAGGACUGCCGUGCCUGCUGCACACCCAGCUGCCUGCUCGAGGAUGCUGCACCUGAAAGUCCAGUUCCUGGAUGAUUCCCAGAAGAUCUUUGUAGUUGAUCAAAAAUCCUGUGGGAAAGGGCUCUUCAACCUCACCUGCAGCCACCUCAACCUUGUGGAGAAGGAAUACUUUGGGCUGGAGUUUCACAGCCAGGCUGGCAACCAGGUCUGGUUGGAACCACUAAAACCCAUAACAAAGCAAGUUAAAAUGGACCCCGGCCACCUGAGAGAAGAACUAACCAGGUACCUCUUCACCCUCCAGAUCAAGAAGGACCUGGCCCAGGGGCGGCUGCCCUGCAGUGACAAGAGCGCGGCGCUUCUCGUCUCCCACCUGCUGCAGUCCGAGCUGGGCGACUUCCACGAGGAGACAGACCAGCAGCACCUGGCCACACACAGGUACCUGCCCAACCAGGAGUACCUGGACAACAAGAUCAUGCACUACCACCGGCGACACAGAGGGAAGACGCCGGCCGAGUCGGAUGUUCAGCUGCUGGACGUGGCCAGGAAGCUGGAGAUGUACGGGAUCCGCCUGCACCCCGCCAGCGACGGCGAGGGGACACAGAUCAACCUGGCCGUGACACACAUGGGGGUGCUGGUGCUGCGGGGCAAUACAAAAAUCAACACCUUCAACUGGUCCAAAAUUCGCAAACUGAGUUUCAAGAGGAAGCAUUUUCUCAUCAAGCUCCAUGCAAACAUCUCUGCACUGUGCAAGGACACGCUGGAGUUCACUAUGGUGAGCAGGGACACCUGCAAGGCCUUCUGGAAGACAUGUGUGGAGUACCAUGCCUUCUUCAGGCUCUCUGAAGAGCCCAAGUCAAAGCCCAAAGCCCUUCUGUGCAGCAAAGGUUCCAGCUUCCGCUACAGUGGGAGAACUCAGCGGCAGCUGCUGGAGCACGGGAGGAAGGCUAAGAUGAAGAGCCUGCCCUUUGAGAGGAAACACUACACAUCCCGCUACGAUGAGAGGCAGUGCCGCUCCUCCCCGGACCUCCUGACGGAUGUAUCAAAGCAGGUGGAGGAGCUGCGCCUGGCCUAUGGCAGCAGGGGCUCUUACCACGCCAACGGAGUGCACGGCUCCGAGCCCUCCCUGGACAGCCGGCGCCGCAGCUCCACCAUGGAGGUGACCUUUGCCACUGAGCUGGACCGCUCCAAGCCCGAAGCAUCCUCCACCUUCCUGCCCCACUCCAAAAGCUCGUCUGCCUUCCCUCUGCUCUAUGCCGAGCUGGAGAUGGAGCGGGCGUGGGAGCCCAUCGACCUCUUUGGAGCCAGGAAUCCCUUGACAUCCUUUCGGCCCCACCACCAGUUUGCUGGGAACAGUAAAAGCACCUCUGUGGGCAACAUGAGGGAAGUGAGCACCCGGCCGCUGGUGUACACGGAUGUGCCCUGUCCUAUUCCUGUGGUGGCCCCGGCCCCCCCUGUGCUCUUCUAUCUGGACAGGGCUCUGCAGUCCCCAUGUCCUGCGCUGGCCCCUGGCGAGCACACAGCAGGACUGGCCGGUGCAAGCGGCCCCGUGGCAGCAAAACCCCCCGGACAGAGCCCGAGCGGGACCCAGGCUGGGCAGCUCCAUCGUGAGGCUGCAGGCACGGCCGGGGGCACGGGCAUGGUGCGGGAGAACAGGUCACUGGCUCGCUCCUUUGAUUACGGCCUUCAGGAGCAGCCUCCCAAGCGCUCUUGGAGCCAGUCGGACAUGAAAACCAUCCGCUUCCCCUACGGCUCUGAGUUCAGGCCCCUGGGGCCGUGCCCGGCACUGAGCAGCAGGAAAGGGGGUGUUUUUUGGCACGUCCCAGCCCAGCAAGGGCUGGCUCCGGGGCCGCGGCGCUCCACCGAGCGCUACCUGGGCAGCAGCACCGAGUCCAGCGACUCUGACUCGGACCUGCUGGCCGCUGACUACUGCUCCCUGUACGGCCGCGUGCUGCGCUCGCCCAUGGCCCGUGUGCGGCUCUCCUCAGGCAGCCUCCAGCUGAGCGAGGAGGAUGAGGAGGUGUCCUUUGCCACCAGUGCUGCGGAAGAAAGGAUUGCCAGAGGGGCCUCCAAGUAUUUCACCUAG